GUGGUCUUUGUAACCUGUGCCUGGAUAAAACUAACAAAGACUACAUCUUGGAGGCAAACGGGGUAGAGCCCAUCAUCAACUGCCUCUCCAGCUCCAACGAGGAGACGGUCAUGUCGGCAGUCACGACGCUGAUGUACCUGACGACGCCCCAGUCGCGCCAGCAGACCACAGCUCUCCCCGUGGUGGAGUGCAUGCUCCGCUUCUCCCUCUCAGCCAGCCGAAGGCUGAGCAACCUGGCGACCAUCUUCCUGGAGGAUUACUGCACGCCGCUGCAAGUGGAAGAGGCCAGGAAUCUAAGCAAACACACAGCAGUGGGGAUUCCUCUCCCUAAGGACUGA